AUGGAAUUAUCAACUAUACUUGACUGGAAAAACCAGCCAAUCUACUCUCUUGGUCUCCCCCCUGAAGUGGUGAGGGCUCAGGAAGUGAAGCAAACUCGACCAAAGGACAAGUCUGUUCCUGCUUCAUUUUCGGUUCCAGCUGUUCCCGAGCCAGGCGGGAUGUUCAGUACUGAUUCUUAUAGUACUGUUCAGGGAGUCGAUAAGCUAAUUCCUGUAGAUGUAUAUUUGCCAGGUUGCCCACCUAAACCGGAAGCGGUUAUAGAUGCUAUAACAAAACUUCGUAAGAAAAUAUCUCGAGAACUCUAUGAAGAUCGAAUUAGGUCUCAACGAGUGAAUCGGUGUUUUACUACCAAUCACAAGUUUCAUGUUCGACGCAGUAUUCAUACGGGAAAUUAUGAUCAAAGAGUUCUUUAUCAACCACCAUCUACUUCAGAGAUUCCUACGGAAAUCUUUUCCAAAUACAAAAAUUCAGUAUCUUCCCCCGAAUUAGUGAAUUAG